UCUAUGCAAGCAGCAAGAUGUCCCACAGAUGAACUGUCAUUAACUAACUGUGCUGUGGUGAAUGAGAAGGACUUCCAGUCUGGACAACAUGUUGUUGUGAAGACUUCUCCCAACCACAAAUACAUCUUUACGCUGAGAACCCAUCCCUCGGUUGUCCCUGGCAGCAUCGCGUUCAGCUUGCCCCAGCGAAAAUGGGCUGGACUUUCCAUUGGACAGGAGAUAGAAGUUUCUUUAUACACUUUUGACAAGGCUAAGCAGUGUAUUGGCACGAUGACGAUCGAGAUAGAUUUUCUGCAGAAGAAGAACAUUGACUCAAACCCCUACGACACAGACAAAAUGGCUGCUGAGUUUAUCCAGCAGUUCAACAGCCAGGCUUUCUCCAUAGGACAGCAGCUUGUCUUCAGUUUUAAUGACAAACUUUUUGGGCUGCUGGUAAAGGACAUGGAAGCUAUGGAUCCCAGCAUCCUCAAAGGAGAGAGUGGAGCCAGCAAAAAGCAGAAGAUUGAGGUUGGUUUGAUUCUUGGCAACAGUCAAGUUGCCUUUGAGAAAGCUGAGAACUCUUCUCUCAAUCUGAUCGGUAAAUCAAAGACCAAGGAGAACCGCCAGUCGAUCAUCAACCCAGACUGGAAUUUUGAGAAAAUGGGCAUUGGAGGCCUUGACAAGGAAUUCUCGGACAUUUUUCGACGAGCUUUUGCUUCUCGAGUUUUUCCACCGGAGAUUGUGGAGCAAAUGGGCUGCAAGCACGUGAAGGGUAUCCUGCUGUACGGCCCCCCAGGCUGCGGGAAGACGCUCAUGGCCAGGCAGAUCGGCAAGAUGCUGAAUGCCAGGGAGCCCAAGGUGGUCAACGGGCCCGAAAUCCUCAACAAAUACGUGGGCGAGUCCGAGGCCAACAUCCGCAAGCUCUUUGCUGAUGCAGAAGAGGAGCAGAGAAGGCUCGGUGCAAACAGUGGUGUUCAUAUCAUCAUUUUUGAUGAGAUCGAUGCAAUCUGCAAGCAGAGAGGGAGCAUGGCGGGCAGCACCGGCGUCCACGAUACUGUUGUAAACCAGCUGCUGUCGAAGAUUGACGGAGUGGAGCAGCUCAAUAACAUCCUAGUCAUUGGAAUGACCAAUAGACCUGACUUAAUUGAUGAAGCUCUGUUGAGACCAGGGAGACUGGAAGUGAAGAUGGAGAUUGGUUUGCCAGACGAGAAGGGUCGAUUUCAAAUUCUUCAUAUCCACACGGUGCGGAUGCGAGAACACCAGCUGCUGGCUGAAGAUGUGGACAUUGCAGAACUGGCAGUUGAGACUAAAAACUUCAGUGGUGCUGAACUGGAAGGUUUAGUUCGGGCUGCACAGUCUACUGCUAUGAACAGACACAUCAAGGCCAGCAACAAAGUGGAAGUGGAUAUGGAGAAGGCCGAAAGCUUGCGUGUGACCAGAGGAGACUUCUUUGCAUCCUUGGAGAAUGAUAUCAAACCAGCAUUUGGAACCAACCAGGAAGACUAUGCAAGUUACAUCAUGAAUGGGAUUAUUAAGUGGGGUGAUCCUGUGACACGAGUAUUGGAUGAUGGGGAGCUGCUUGUUCAACAAACCAAGAACAGUGACCGUACUCCACUGGUUAGCGUUCUUCUAGAAGGUCCCCCCCACAGUGGGAAGACUGCCCUAGCAGCAAAGAUAGCAGAAGAAUCCAACUUUCCCUUUAUCAAAAUCUGUUCUCCUGAUAAGAUGAUUGGAUUUUCUGAAACAGCCAAGUGCCAAGCUAUGAAAAAGAUCUUUGAUGAUGCAUACAAAUCGCAGCUCAGCUGUGUCGUAGUGGAUGACAUUGAGAGGCUUUUAGAUUAUGUCCCAAUUGGACCACGGUUCUCUAAUCUGGUGUUACAAGCCCUUCUGGUACUGCUAAAGAAGGCCCCCCCUCAGGGCCGCAAGCUUCUUAUCAUUGGAACCACCAGUCGCAAAGAUGUCCUGCAGGAAAUGGAAAUGCUCAACGCCUUCAGCACGACUAUUCAUGUGCCCAAUAUUGCAACAGGAGAGCAGCUGAUGGAGGCGUUGGAGCUCCUGGGUAACUUCAAGGACAAGGAACGCAGCACCAUUGCCCAGAAUGUCAAAGGGAGAUCCGUCUGGAUUGGUAUCAAGAAGCUGCUGAUGCUCAUAGAAAUGUCAUUACAAAUGGAUCCCGAGUAUCGGGUGAAAAAAUUCCUGGCUCUUCUGAGAGAAGAAGGAACGAGUUCCCUAGACUGAAGAUGGACCAAGCGCAAGGUGGACAGCUGGAGAAGUGACCAAUCUGGAGAAUAUGCACUGGGAUCUUUACUCUUCUGUAUUCAACACACUGGACAAAGUGAAAUGCUUCCCUGUUUCCAAGAACCCAAUGUGGAAUUUGCAUGUUUAGUGCAAUACAGUAUCUUUAUCCUUUGUCUUUAAUAUACUGAUGUCAUGUGGAAGUGUCUUCUA